UUCUCCUCCACUUGGCUUGUGUAUUUAAAAUAUUGUACAACUGGCUAGACUGUCUGCACUACACUCUAAUUUUGAUUAAGAUGACCUGUUUUGACUGUUUAUGUGCAUAAAUAUAUGUUUGUUUUCCCCUACCAUCCCAUUUGCAACAUAUUUAUGCAAUAGAACACCCGGGUGACUUUAGGACCCUGUGAGAGAAACCCACAGGGGGCGCGGCAAUAUUUUUAAUCUGACCACAGAACCUGUUAGCUUCCUCUUACAUUCUGUAAGACAGUUCAGAAGUUCCCUUACACCAGUUCCUUCAUGUGAGAGCUACAAUACAGAAGUGCUCUGUAGCGGAGCAACGCAACUGCCUCAGUCCUGUCCCCAAGCUUAGCAAGCCUAUCCAUGACCUGUGGACAAGGACCUUUGUGCCAUGACAUGUCUAUGAGAACUGCCCUAUCUCAGACAGUGAACAUCCAGCCAUGGACCAGCAGGUCAGGAUUCUGAGAAGCUUCCUGGAUGACCUGGAAAGACAGGAGGCUGCGGCUGAGGAGGCAUCUAACGGCAUUGCUGGGGAGUUUGUGAGGUUGAAAAGUCAGUCAACAAAGUACCGAACGGACAAGACGUAUCCUAGCAAAACAGCAGAAAAGCAGGAAAACAUCAAGAAGAACCGAUACAAGGACAUUCUGCCCUUUGACCACACCAGAGUAACGCUUACUCUUGUCACAUCAAAAAAUGACACAGACUACAUCAACGCCAGUUUCCUCAAGGGAGUAUCAAACUCCAGGGCUUACAUUGCUACUCAGGGUCCUCUGCCCCACACAGUAGUGGACUUCUUGAGGAUGCUUUGGGAAUACAAGAUAGAGGUUGUUGUGAUGGCCUGUCGAGAGUUUGAGAUGGGAAAGAAAAAGUGUGAGGUUUAUUGGCCACAGAAACACGAGGAGCCGUUGGUUUGUGAGCCUUUUAAAGUUUACUGUGACUCUGAGGAAAGCAAAGGAGACUAUCUGACCAGGACCUUAAGGUUGACCUAUCACAAUAGUUCCCGAACCUUGAAACAGUUGCACUAUAUCAACUGGCCAGAUCAUGGAGUACCGGACUCCAUCCCUCCCAUUCUGGACAUGUUGCAUGAGAUGCGCUCUUAUCAAGCCCAUGAUGACAUUCCUAUUUGCAUCCACUGCAGUGCUGGCUGUGGUAGAACAGGAGCCUUGUGUGUCAUUGAUUAUACUUGGAACCUCCUAAAGAAACAGAUGAUCACUUCAGAUUUCAGCAUCUACAAUUUAGUUCAAAGCAUGAGAACCCAGAGGCCAUCUUUAGUUCAAACCAAGGAACAAUAUGACCUUGUCUACAGAACCAUCAAGUUACUAUUUCAGAGAUAUUUGCAGUCUGUAGAUGAACAGACUUUCCAAAACAAGGCCUCUGAAAAUGAGGUCUUUAUCCCAGGUGAGGAGUCUGGUUUUCUGCCACAAUUUCAGUAUCUGCUUGACGAGGAACGGGCCUUCCUACCACAGUACAACAGUCCUUUGGCUUCUUCAGAAAACCUACUUUUCUUAAACGCCAUGGACAUGCACACAGACCAGCAACAAUGGCAUCUGUUCCAGACCUCUCCUGAGUCAGUUCCCCAGGACCUGAAUGAAGGACCCUGGAUGGUGCAUGCAAAUCAGAGAAUUCCUUCAGCAGAAGAAUUGAUUGCAGAGAGUGAUAGUGUACCGUCACUGAUCCGUCAGCCUUCGCCAGAUAUAGCAGCAGCCAUUUGUUCAAUGGUGGAGGACCCCUACUUUGACACUGGUUUGAGUUCUCCGUCAUCAGAUGGGGGACUCGUGGGUGCUGCUGAGGAGACCACAGAAUGGACAUUUAGCCCUCUUUUCAAUGCACCCUCAUUACUUUUGAAUGACCACACUCUGGAGGCCAACUCACCUGCUUCAGUCUGUACUUCUGGAGAAGACCCUCCUCCACUACCCGAACGAACCCCAGAAUCCUACAUGCUGGCUGUGGAUACAGAGGUAUCUGACCCUUUUGAAAGGUUAUCAAUUAUUCCACACGAUGCUGCUGCUGAUGCACUUACAGAAAUGAGUGGCAGUCCCCCCUCACCUGCACCCCCACUUCCAGAAAGAACCCCUGAAUCUUUUGAGCUGGCUAUUGAUCAAGCUCCCGUGGAGCAGAAAUUAGAGGUCAUACCAGGGGUCGCACCAGCGGUGAACCUGAAUGUAAUAGGAAUGUCUUCAGAAUGGUUUGGCAACUCAAAUCAUGGAGCCACUACAUUUCAGAAUGAGAGGAAAUCUUUUGAGAGGAGUAAGAGUCUGAAAGUGAAAAUGACCUUUACAGGACCAGUAAAUGAUCCUGACCUUUCUUCAAAUUGUUCUUACUCUCCGUCUAUGGAGCCGCUAUCUCCCCCACAGCCUGCCAAAGCCGAGCGCAGUCUGACACCUCCCCUUCCAGAGAGAACUCGACAAUCCUUCAUCCUCGCCACAGAAGACAAAAUAGCGCACCCCUCAACAAGGGUGGGUAUAUCAUCUGAGUGGGAUGGCACUUCUCAGCCCAAGAAUUUCCACGAUGCUGUCAUGAGCAGGAGCAAGAGUGUUCGACCUAAAAGUUCAAGACAAGAGCCCCCAACUGCAGUUCAGCCGAUCGCUCCACCUACUGUGUUUGUAGCUGAAGGAGGAAGUGCUCAAGCGGAACACUGUGAUGUGAACCGCAGAGCCUCCCUGAACAACGAGAAAUCAGAAAACAAAUCAGACAAAAACAGUGAGAAGGCCAUGAGUAGAACAAAGAGUCUAAGAUUUUUUAAACACAAACAACGACCAAAAACUGCCCCUCCAUUGCCUCCCACUCAACCUGGAGCGUCAUCUCAACCAUGCAGUGUUUUUUCAGUGUUCAAGUUUGGAUUUGGAAACCGUUUUGGAAAGCCGAAAGGCCCCAGGAAAUAUCCUGACACUUGGGUCUGACUUCUCUGGAAACAUAAAAAGUAGAAGUGUUUUUUAUGAUGGUCACAGUGACACAUUGCAUUGCUAGAAGAUUCGCCUCAUUUCCUCAGGACUAAGUGGCGAUCAAACAAGCACCAGCACUAUAGCACCCCCAACAGGGAAGUCUUGUUUCCUGCUCUGAAUAUGUUACGUACGAUUUAUGAACAAAAAUGGAUUUUAAUUGAAAAACAGUAGCUUUAAAAGAAAAACAUGGACAGCCACUAAGAUGAAUGACUUGAAAGUUCAAACUCAGGAAUGCUAGUCUUUACAAUAACUUGUGUGCAGAAGUAAGCAGUGAGAAGUUUUAACACUUCUUGCAUUAAAGCUCAAAGCAAUGCUGUCAAACCUGGCAUGCAAGAAAUAUAUUUUGAUAUGUGCCUUUAUGCUUUCAGCAUAACAUAAAACGGGUAUGCUACUUGGUGUUCAUUACUUGACUUUUUCUGUGAAAUAGAGCUCAUUACUAAAUGUCUGUUUGCCAUAUUUGACAUGACCACCUGCAGUUUUUAAAUGUUUUAAAAACUACUAACACCACCUUCAAAGACAUGUCCAGUUAAUGGAGCAUUGAAUAUGCAUAUUUAAUAUGCAUGUGUUGCAACUGUAAAGCUUAACUAUAUUACAUACACUGGUUACACACAAAUUAUUUAUUAAAAAAUAUUGACAG